AUUAUUGACGACACUGAGUGAAGAUCUUAGUAAUUUUUCAAGACAAAUCCUCACUAAAAAGGACGACAUAUAAUUUUACAAAAUGAACACAAGAUUUCUACUACUGGUCAUAUGCAUUUCAAGCAGUUUUGCAACGAAUUACACAGACGUGAAAUGCUACCAAUACCCUGAACCAACAAACGGUAGACUCAGUUGUCGUAAAGACGUAACAUCAACCAUUAACUGUCAUGUGGUUUGCAAUGCCGGUUUUGAUGUGGAAUUUCUACAAGCUGAAUCCUAUAAAUGCUCACCAGAUGGAAAAUGGACAGUUGAACCAGAUGUGAUGACGGUACCAUGGCCGAACUGUAUAGUAUAUGGACCUGGAAUGCCGAUACCAUAGAGAUUGCGCGUGGUUUGAGAUGAGAUCAAAGAAAAUAGAACAUACAACGAAAGGCGUUAUUUUAAUUUAACUAUUGUCUUGAUUAAAAAUCAUUAUCAUUCUUACACAAAUAGUGAUAUAGAAACUUGAUUAAAAUGAAUACUGAUAAUGAAA